AUGCUUGCCUUGGUUGCUCCCGAGGUCCACCUGAGCCCCCAGUCUUGUCGCGGCCCCGUUUCAGGUCAGCCCCACGUGAUAUGGCUCCGUUGGUUGUGGAAGUUCCAGAAGCGAAUCGUGGCGGAUCCCAUACCAAUGUUGGUUCAACUUGGUUGCUUCAACUUGCCUUCCGACUUCCACACCAACAGUCAAACUCCCGAUUUGCAGCUAGCUCUUGAAACUCAGUGCCGAGUGCUGGAGAAUGGCGACAGAGCCUCCAUCGCAACCCCAAUAAACCUGGUCCUCCUCUCCCUCUUUGUCCUCCUGGUCUAUUUCCACUUCCGCCCCCGAGAACCUCUCGUCCUUCCAAAAGGCCCACCACCGGUCGUCUUCCGCACCUUCACCCCAACAACCCUCCUCCCAUUCAACGGCAAAGAUGGUGCCCCUGUCUACCUAGCUGUUCGCGGACGGGUCUUUGACGUCUCGUCCGGGCGCAACUUCUACGGCCCAGGCGGCCCCUAUGAAAACUUCGCCGGCAGAGAUGCCACUCGCGGGUUAGCUUGCCAGAGCUUUGACCAGGAAAUGCUAACGAAGGACCUCAAGGGCCCUCUGGAUGAUCUGAGCGGGCUAGAUGCGGAUCAGAUGGAUAAUUUGCGCGGUUGGGAGGAACGCUUUCUGGAGAAGUACCUUGUUGUUGGCAAGUUGGUUGCGGAGGGGGAUCCGGAAGCGCCCAAGUCCGAUUGAGAAGGUUACCUCUCAAAUUGAGCUGAACGAGUGAGCGGAAAAAUGGGUCCGUCUUUCAAAUGACCGAUAUCAUAGCUUUCUCUCUUGUGGGCAUACAAAAUGAUGGACUGUCACUGUUUGCCGUUUUUUUUUUUUUUUUUUUUUUUUUUUUUUUUUUUUUUUUUUUUUUUUUUUUUUGGUUGACGACACCGCGGGAUAUAUACCAAAUCAGAAAGCGACGUGGCAGAAGCAACGCUGGUUCUCGGUCUUGAUGAGAGGGUUAACAAGACUCAGUUUUGAGUACAUUCUAGGCAGCAUAUUAUGUUCAUCAUUCAAAAGAAAUAGCUAGGGGAAGCAGAGAAACCGCUGGUGACUAGUCGUAUUAUGAAAUAUACCAGGUAGAAACGGGGCUGGGAUAGAUGUAUGCAUUGCAUCAAGAUCAUGAACAGGCAUUUUCAUGAACAUUCAAAGGCGACAACGAAGAAUGAAUAUAUUAAUAUAGGAAAAUAUCAAAAUCAGAAGCCCUUCCUUUUGACUCGAAAGAAGAUUUAACAUAUAAUCUGCGUUUUUUUGGAAAGCACAA